AUGUCUAAGUCACUCCAGCUCAAGAAUGAAGGGAACAAAUGUUUCCAGGCGGGGGACUACGUCGGCGCCGAUAGCCUCUACUCCAAAGCCAUCAUCGCCGACCCCAAAAAUCCUGCUCUCUACACUAAUCGCGCCAUGGCCCGCCUUAAGCUUAAUUAUUGGGACUCGGUGAUCACCGACUGCGAAGCUUGUUUGCAGCUGACGCCUGACAACAUGAAGGCCCGGUACUAUCUUGCCCAAGCACAGAUCGCUCUUCGCGACUAUGACGCUGCGCUUGAGAACGCUCUGCAUGCGCACAAGCUGUGCGCCGCUUCGGGGGAUCGCUCGCUCGCUGCUGUGACGGCUCUCGUUCUUCGCUGCAAGAAAGAGCGCUGGGACGAUCUCGAGAAGAAGCGUGUUCGCGAGUCGCAGGAUCUUGAAAGGGAGAUGCUUGAAUUAUUGACCAAGGACAAAGAGGCUACGCUAGCGGACACGGAGGAUGGAAUGGUGAAGCAGGAAAUUGAGGAGGAGAGUGAUGCCAAGAUUGAGAGGAUGAAGGAGAUCUUUGAAAGAGCAAGGGCAGACGGUGAGAAGAAGAGAGAGGUUCCAGACUGGGCCAUUGACGACAUCAGCUUUGGUUUCAUGGUUGAUCCUGUCAUGACCAAGACUGGAAAGUCAUACGAGCGUGCGUCUAUCAUGGAGCACCUGAAUAGGCAUCAUAGUGACCCUCUCACGCGCGAGCCACUCGUGCCUUCUGAGCUGCGGCCAAACCUGGCAUUGAAGCAAGCCUGCGAGGAGUUCCUCGAGCAGAACGGUUGGGCUGCUGAUUGGUAG